AUGCCCAUCCAACUCACUGUCUUCUUCAUUAUCAUUUACAUGCUCCUGUCUCUGACAAUCAUUGUGCAGAGCAGCUUAAUUUUUGCAAUGCUGGGCAAGGAGUGGGUACAGGGCAAAAGACUGUUACCCGUGGACAUGAUUCUCACCAGCCUGGGCAUCUCCCACUUCUGUCGGCAGUGGGCAUCAAUGCUGUACAACUUUUGUACCUAUUUUGAUCCUAAUUUUCUAUUUUGGUACUUAUCAGUCAUCUGGGAUUUUGCUAAUAAUGCCACAUUUUGGUUCACCAGCUUGCUUGCUGUAUUCUACUGUGUCAAGGUCUCUUCCUUCACCCACCCCAUCUUCCUCUGGCUGAAGUGGAGAAUUUCGAGAUUGGUUCCUUGGCCGUUGCUGGGUUCUCUACUGUUUUCUUGUGUGACAAUCAUCCCUUCAACAAUUAGGAGUCACACUCGGUCGCAGAUCAUCAUGGAGAGUUCCCCUAGAAAUAGUACUGCAACUGAUAGACUUAAGAUAUUCGAGCAGUAUGUUAGCAUACCUCAGCAAAUGGUUACGUUGGCUAUUCCUUUCCUCCUGUUCCUUCCCUCCACCAUCUUUCUUAUGACCUCGCGCUCGCAACACUUGCAGCAGAUGCAAGACCACCACAACACUGGCUACUGCAUCUCCAACAUGAAAGCUCAUUCCACGGCCCUCAGAUCUCUUGCCAUCUUCCUUGUCUUCUUCACCACUUACUUUCUAACUUUAUUGGUCUCCAUUUUAGCUCACCUAUUUGAGAAGAGAUCCUGGUUCUGGGCCUGGGAAGCUGUCAUCUACACUCUAAGCUGUAUUCAUUCCACUUCACUGAUGCUGAGCAGCCCUACAUUGCAAAAGUUUCUAAAGAAAGGGCACUGA